AUGAAUCGUAGGUCCCGAAGAACCGUCAACCAGAUAGUGAUUUUCCUCGUCAUCCUCUCAUUUAUCCUAUAUAUCAAUCGCCCCCAGUCCGAGGACAAAUCGUUCUCAUGGACUAAAAUUCGUUAUAAAACAUCUGCCACCAACAUUCCAGAGGCGCGUGGAGCUUGCCCCAAACUAUCCGGAUCCAAAAAGCCUGCUUUGGUAGUAUCCAGAGUGGAAGCGGAUGGUGACCCAAGCUGGCUCGAUGCGCUCUCGAAGAAAUACCAUCUCUGUGUUUACAAUGUCGAUGCCGCAGCCGACAAGACCUCGUCCACCUUACAAGUGCCCGCGAACCGCGGCCACGAGGCAAUGGCCUAUCUGACCUUCCUCAUUGACAAUUACGCGUCCAUCCCAGCCGCCGGGGCUGUCUUUGUGCAUGGGUCGCGAUGGGCGUGGCAUAACGACGCGCCCGACUACGACAACGCGGCCCUGCUGUCGAGGCUCGAUGUUGAACGCGCACUCGCGUCGAAGGGUUACCACAACCUCCGAUGUGACUGGAGUUCGAGCACGUGUCCUGCUUCUGUUCCCGCGCAGGGCAGUCUAGAGUUACGGCUGCAGUCUACCGUGGAGCCAUGGAGCGCGAGAGUCGCUUCUGAUAUUGCGCUGCCUCGCGCACUGGUGGCUAUUUUUGGUGGCGAUGAAUUCCCGUCCACUUCCGCAUAUGCCAAAGCCAAGCUUCAGCUUCGCCGGUCGGACGCUGUCAGGGCGCAGUGCUGUGCGCAAUUUGUUGUCUCGCGGGAGCGAAUAUGGCAGCAUUCGCGAGACGAGUACAUCGCGCUGCGACAGUGGCUGCUUGAUGGCGCCAGUAAUAGCGAUGGUUCGGUUAAUUCUCGCCGGGGUGCCAGGAGCCAGUCUGCACCGCCGGAUGACAGGGUCGCCGGUCGAAUCCUGUCCUAUAUAUGGCAUAUCUUAUUCGCCCGGCCGGGUGCUGAUGGUGAGAUUCAUCUGGGAGAACUCAAUAAAGAGGCCUGUCCCAGCGCAAAGGACUGCUAUUGUGUUUUGUACGGGCGUUGCGAUCUUACAUGUUUCAGCCCCGGGGAUUGUCAAGGACAGUACCAAGUACCGCCGAACUACAGGUUGCCAGACGAUUGGGAAAAUACUCAUUCAUGA